AGUACCAUGUGCAUUAAAGCUAUAAUAAGCGGUAAUUUUCUUCUCAACAAAGCUGACGCAUUUCCCACUGAAUGAGAGAAAAGGCUAAGUAAACAGAGAGGACCAAAAUUGAACAUGUAGGUGAAUAGGUAUACCGUUUUUAUUGGGUCCUUGGGAUAAAGCCUUAUUUUUUUUCUCUUCUGGAUGGAUCAACCCCACUGCCCCUCAUUCAUUAAAUUGAUUUCGACUAGACAGCUUAUUAGCUUGCGGGAGAGGAUGACGUUUUAACUAACCACAGCAAUGUGCAUAGGCUAGAGUAGCCUAAAGUGGCAAGUAAGAUAACAGGGGAAAGUUAAGUGACGCUUGGAGUUCCUGGAGGAUCGUUUUCACUGUCGCACCUAUGAUAACGCACCGGUUAGCAAAUCGUUGCAGGGUGUGCAUGUGAGCGGCAACUGGAGAUGAGUGUGUUUUCUGAUUUAGAUGGGUUGCCGGGCCGCUAGUCCGCUCUGAGAGGACAAAUGACUUGAGACCAAGGGUAUGUAACACGAAAAAACGUUGUUGUCACAACCAAAAGAUGAGGGCUCGGCAUUAAAACCUCUCAUCUCCAAAAGGCGGGAAGGAGGUGGCUGCACAAGACGCAAACAUCUGCUUGAUAUGAGUAGGAAGUCAGUCAAGCAGAUCAGGAGAGAACAAUACACGGUCGAGACUGCCUGCGGUGGCAAAAAUAAACGGAGAAUAUCUAUAUCCCUCUGAAGGAGCAGCAGCAUAUCCUUCACUUUCAUUGCUGCGGGUUUUGUGUCGUUUUCUAACCUGGAUUUAAAUCAAGAUGAUGGCUCUUUCUACAGACAUAGAGGACAGAACUCCCAGAUUUUCUACGAUGAAACACGUGUGGAUCUCUGUCUUGCUGGUGUGUAUUACAUGUCACGUGGGUCUUGGCCAGACCACAGCAGAGGCAUUGAAAGAGGCAGAGGCUAAUGACAACAUCACCAUCUUCACACGGAUACUGGACGGACUGCUGGACGGCUACGACAACAGACUCAGACCAGGACUUGGAGAAAAGGUCACGGAGAUCAAAACCAAUAUAUUUGUCACAAGCUUUGGCCCAGUUUCAGAUACUGAAAUGGAAUACACCAUUGAUGUUUUUUUCCGACAAAGCUGGAAAGAUGAGCGCCUGUGUUUCAAAGGACCCAUGGAGAUGCUGCCUCUGAACAACCUCCUGGCCAGUAACAUCUGGACCCCAGACACAUUCUUCCUCAACGGGAAAAAGUCUAUCGCCCACAACAUGACCACACCCAACAAGCUACUGAGACUGAAGGAUGACGGGACGCUGCUCUACACUAUGAGGUUAACCAUAUCGGCAGAGUGUCCCAUGCAGUUGGAGGACUUCCCAAUGGAUGCUCAUGCAUGCCCUUUGAAGUUUGGAAGCUAUGCCUAUCCAGUCUCUGAGGUGGUGUACCUCUGGCAAACUGGUGCUGCCCACUCUGUAGUGGUGGCAGAAGACGGAUCCCGUCUCAACCAGUACCACCUGAUUGGCCAGACCGCAGGCUCUGAGGACAUCUACACCAGUCGAGGACAGUACACAGUCAUGAUGUGUCACUUCUACCUGAAGAGGAAGAUUGGUUACUUUGUCAUUCAGACCUACAUGCCCUGCUUCAUGACCGUGAUCCUGUCCCAGGUGUCCUUCUGGCUCAACCGUGAAUCUGUACCAGCCAGGACCGUCUUUGGUGUCACUACAGUGCUGACUAUGACUACUCUCAGUAUCAGCGCUCGCAACUCGCUGCCUAAGGUGGCCUACGCCACAGCCAUGGAUUGGUUCAUCGCUGUGUGCUAUGCGUUCGUCUUCUCCGCGCUUAUCGAGUUUGCCACCGUCAACUAUUUCACCAAGAGGAGCUGGGCGUGGGAUGGCAAGAAGGCCAUGGAGGCUCAGCACCCAAAGAAAAGGGACCCUAUGGUGCUUUCUAAGAAGCCCAACAACGUCUGUACAGCAGGAGUGAACUUCACCCCCAACAUCACUAAGGAUAUCUCUAUCUCCACCAUCUCCAACAGCACCUCCAUACAACUAAGAUCGUCUGAAACAGAAGUCCUGGACCCCAAGAAAACCUACAACAGCGUGAGCAAAAUCGACAAAAUGUCCCGGAUUGUUUUCCCUGUCCUAUUUGGAACCUUUAACCUAGUGUACUGGGCUACUUACCUCAACAGAGAACCGGUCAUCAAAGGAGUCAACAUAUUGGCUCCAACAUAGUGUCUUUGUCAAACACACGACCCUACCUUCAACCAUGUUGGCCUACAAACUGCUAAAAAAAAAUGCUACUGUAUCACAAAGGAUGGGAGAUGUCAUGGGUUCUGUCUUUCUCAUACUGUCAUUUGCAUGAAGCUUUUUAGAGAGAUACUCUAACCAUGUUUGCCUUGAUAUGCCCUCUUUAUACCUACUGUACAUUGCUUUAAUUGAACAAUGACAUUUUGAAAGUGAAAAUCAAUGGCAUUUUUGAAAGUGAAACUCGACAAGGACCUUUUGAAUUGCUGCGGUGUGGACAUUUGUCCUGGCCUCACAUGAAUUGAAAACGGUCAUGGCAUUUAUGUUGUUGUUUAUAACCCUGUCAUCUUGAAGAAUUGGAGACUGAGAAACACAUGCUGUGUUAGUAGUAUGAAGUAAGAUAGCGUAAGCUAGGAUGUUACGGAAAGUGGCGAAAAUAAUGAUUUUCAGUGUCAUUUCGAGUCAAUUUGUAAAGUUUGUAUAAUACUGCGGACAAAUCUCUCUUAUCUCUAUUGGAUACAUACGUUGUUAUACUUUUGUCAUUUUUGCCCAUCUCACAUGUACUGUUUGUACAAUUUAAAAUGUUACUAU